UUUACAGUUACUAACGUGGCUUAUAAUAAACCAACCAACCAAAGUUCAACCUAUGUUGGAUUUAGCGGGGACACUAGAUCUUUACCAUCUCAUGCUGUAGAUGGUAAUACUGAUAAUCAUUGGGAGGGUGAACACUGUACACAUACAGCCGAUAACACUGGUAGUGACUGGUGGUGUGUUGAUCUACAACAGAUUUAUAAUAUUGACAGCAUCAAAUUAUUUAACAGAGAUAGAUUUCAAGAAAGAUUGAGUGGAUUUGAGAUAAAGAUAAGUUCUGGUGAUCAGUGCAAUGAGUCAGGAUUUAAUUCAGCUACAUCAUGUCAUAAUGAUACAUCACCAACAGCCCAGUCUAUAUAUAAUAUAGAAAGCUGUGAUCAACAACAAUCUAUAUCAGCUAGAACUGUUUUUAUCAGUGUUAAUAAUGAGGUGGUUACGCUGUGCGAAGUUCAAAUAUUUUCUGAUCCAAUACAAUGUAAUACUGGUUACUACAGUACAUCAAGUUCUACAUGCCAACCUUGUAAUACGUGCCUUAAUGAUAAAUGUGAUCCUGAUACCGGUGUUUGUACUGAUGGAUGUGAAGCUACAUAUUAUGGUGAUAAAUGUACAUCACUGUGUAGUGACAAAUGUACAAACAGUAGAUGUUCUACCACUUCUCCAUCUUCACAACUACAAUGUACAGAUGGUUGUGUUGAUGGUAAUACAGGUCCCUACUGUCAAUCAUCAUGUCCUGCUAACUGUAGAACAUGCCAGCAAUACGGGUCAUCAUGUAAUGAAUGUAAUCAAGGCUGGUAUGGUACAAAAUGUGAAUCUCAGUGUAGCGAUGGAUGUGUAAACAAUAUGUGUAAUAAACUGGCUGGGACAUGUGUAUGUAUAGCUACAUAUUAUGGUGAUAAAUGUACAUCCCCGUGUAGUGAUAAAUGUACAAACAGUAGAUGUUAUAAUCCUUCUUCACCUUCACAACGCCAAUGUACAGAUGGUUGUGUUGAUGGUAAUACAGGCCCCUACUGUCAAUCAUCAUGUCCUGCUAACUGUAGAUCCUGCCAACAAGACGGGUCAUCAUGUAAUGAAUGUAACGAAGGCUGGUAUGGAACAAACUGUGAAUCUCAGUGUCCUGGUAAUUGUGUCGGCGGGUGUGGUAAGAUCGAUGGUAGAUGUAAUGACUGUAAACCUGAUACAGCUGGUCCAUACUGUAACAUUACUUGUGGUACAGGGUGUCAACCAACAACAGACCUCACCGAAUGUGAUAGAAAUGGUAAAUGUAAAGACUGUAUUAUAGGAAGAUAUGGUAAUGGAUGUGAUUUGAGCUGUAGUACAGGAUGUGAUGGUGGAUGUGAUAGAGAUACUGGUAGAUGUACUACUUGUAUUGUAGGAAGAUAUGGUAAUGGAUGUGAUUUGAAAUGUAGUACAGGAUGUGAUGGUGGAUGUGAUAGAAAUGAUGGUAAAUGUACGUCUUGUAUUAAAGGUAAAACUGGAGACAGGUGUGAUAUCAACUGUAAUAAUAAUUGUACUGUUUGUAAUCAGGAUAAUGCCAACUCUUGUACUGAAUGUAAAGAUGGAAGAUGGGGAUCAUCAUGUAAUAAACUAUGUAAUAUUAACUGUAAACCAGUAGUUGGUACAACUGUUGGUAAAUGUGAUCAGAUAACAGGAAAUUGUAUCAAUGGAUGUCUACCUGGUAAAAUAGGAUCUAACUGUAUAACAGAUUGUGAAGCAGGGAAGUACGGUGAAAACUGUGAAAGUAAAUGUGGUAACUGUGCUCAGAAUACUGUAUGUGAUGGUGUUAGUGGUACUUGUGGACUUAAUGGUUGUGCUGAUGGUUUCCAUGGCUCAAGAUGUCAAGAAAAGAUAGUGGAAUGUACCAGUAUAAGUCCUAUUGUAAUUGGAAUUAUUGGUGUUCUGUGUGGUAUAGUAGGCACUGUAGCUGUUGGUGUAUCAUAUCAUUUCUACAAGAAAAGAUGUCAAUCAAGUCAGCCGAAAGCAGAAAAUGAUCCCAAUUAUGUUUACUGUAAUACAGAUUUAAAUCCGACUACUUCUACAACAGAUGAUACAUUAACCACUGGAUAUCAAAAUGUUCCAACUAAUACACGUAAUGUAGACUAUGUAAACCAGUCGUUUAAUACAGAAGACAAUACAAGAAAUACGUAUGAUACAUUAGAUCCCACACCAGAUAACACACAGCAUACAUACACUACUUUAGGUUCUAACAAAGUCAAUAAAGCAAAACACUAACUCCUGAUAUAAGUACUUUAUAUGUCUACAGGACCAUUCUGUUGAUGCUAUACUAUAUCAGUGUUCAUGAUAUAAUGAUACAACCGGACAACGGAUCCUAGUACAUGAUGACGAUAUUGGAGAUAAUUAAAUUUAAAGAAGGUUGUUAAAUGAGGCAACAUGACAGACGAUCAAAUUAAAGGUCCAUUAUUCAAAGUAAAUGAAAAUGAGCACUUGGACUGUUUUUCUUAGAUAGCAAUAUAGAAGAUCAAAACAAACAAGUAGGUCAAAUAAUCUUUGGACUCGAGCUUAGCGGAUACAAAUCAAAAACGCUUAUUUGUUUUCAAACUUCCGGUAAUUGGCUUCAAAAGUUUGUCGUAUAGCGGUAUAUUUAUCUUAGCAAUCUACAGAAAUCCAUCAUUUAUAAAUAUAACAUGUAUUUAUAACUAUAUGCAUAAAAUGUUGCUUUGUCUCGAAAUCAAUAUUAAGAAAAUAUUCUGCUAUAUGUUAUGGCUGAUAUCAGAUUAUUAUUUUUUUUUAAAAAAUAUAUUUUGUAUAAUCAAAUGUGACAACCAUGGUGCAAAUGGUAGCCCUGGGAUAUAUGUAUAUAUGAAUGAUUAAAUAGAACUGUUUAAUUUGUAACACGUGAUAUAUUUGUAUAUUUACCUAAUCAAAACGUAUGAUAAUUACAUCAAUUACACCUAAUUAAAACGAAUAAUAAUUAUAUUAAUUACACCUAAUUUUAUAUACAUUACAAAUAUUUACACCUAAUUAAAACGUGUAAUAAUUAUAUUAAUUACACCUAAUUUCAUAUAAAUAUUAUACCUAAUUAAAACGUA